AUGUCAGAAUCAUUACCAUACACCCUCCUCCUAAAAGUCCCCUUCGAAACACAAGCACAAGCAAUCAUAGCGAGAAAUGCAUUAUCCCCUGAUCCAAUUCUAAAAGAAGAUGAAUUAAAAGUUCAAUAUUCAAAUAAUGACAAUAUAUUAGAGUGUAAGUUUUCUGGAAUAAGUGAUAGAGUGAUUAGAGUUGCUAUUAGUAAUGUUAUAGAUAAUAUAAAGACUAUAAUUGAAUGUAUGGAUGAAUUUGAUGGGAAGAAGGAUCAUGUUUUUGAGAUUGAAGAGGAAUCAUUUAAUAAUUGA